UGAACGCAGCAAUGGCCGUUGACUCGGUCCGAGCUUCAGGAAGCUACUAAUAUUUCCUCCCCGAAGAAAAGCAACGACAUGGACCGGCUGUGAUCAGCAAUUACACUUGCCACCGAACCGUUUCCGGGAUCCAGCCGGGCUGACGUUUGAAGACUGAGAUUGGAAGAGAAAAGAUGAGCUUCGCGCGAGUAUGAUAUUAUGUUCCGUGUCAAUACAGAGCUCGCGCGCUCUAGACCCACCUGACCCCGUGAAGCGAUGAACAGACUGAGUUGAGCGCGCGCUGUGUUGUGGUUCAACGGCAAAGUUGACUGGAUGAGAAUGUCGAGUUUUUAGGCUUUUUGUUUUUGUUAUGGCUGAAAUAUCCGCGGAAUGCUAAAUUAUUUAGUUUACAGAGAAGAGAAAAUCCGCUGGCUGACUAGAAACUACAACGAACACGAUGGAAAUGCUGCAUUAUUCAGUGUAAUGGUGACUUGUUUUAUAAGCUGAGGAGCUGAUGUCCCAACUUGACAGAAACGAGCCCGGCGAGUUUAUUUACACAUUAUUUCUAAACAGUGCUUUUAUUUUUCUAAACCCAAAGCUGUUUAAUUUACGGAUGUUGUCAAACUUUAUCAGCUAGCGAGCUAGCGGAUUUUUGGAGGAGUUCCGCCGGUUGACUCACCGCGCUAAAACCGCACAGUUUACAGAAAACUGAAGACAACUGUAUUUGAGGGAAAAACUGACGAGCUGUCAUGGCAACCCGGAUUGUGACUUAAGAGUCGAGAGAGCAACACACAUACCCAGAUGUAGGGAGGGCGAAUCUGCGCUCAACAUUAAUUCUGCCUUUGUGUAUUUGGACCAAAGUUGAGGAGAGGUUUGCUCGCAAUGUACCAGAGCAAGACCUGUUUCACCAUCUGCAUUAAGCACCAGUCAGUCGGAUUCACUGAUAUAAUACUACAGUAAGUGUUUAUUCAACCCUCAUCCAGCAGAAUGAAGAGAAACGAGACCAAAUAUAAAAGGAAAUUCUGCACCUCUGAGCAGCGGGAGAGCAGCACUGAAGGCAAAGAGGAGAAGAAAUAAGAUCUUGACUGGCUUGGUACAACAUCAGGAUGCUGCCGGCGCCUCCUCCCCUGCUGUUCAGGAAGCUAAGUAACCCCGACCUGUCUCCUGCCACAGGAAAGGCCAAACUGCAGCGGCAGCUCAGUCAGGAUGACAGCAGAGCUCGACGCAGCAGUAUGGCCGGCGUCCUCACCGGAAAGCAGCUUCUGCCUCUGUCCAGCAGCAUGCAUGGUGGAGUGAGUCAGCUUGCCUGGCAGCCGCACGCAGGAGAACCCAAUAACUUAGUCCGCAUGCGGAGUCAGUCUUUUGGCAAGUCUGCUCCCUCUCUUACUGCAGGACUGAAGGAACUGAGUCUUCCCAGAAGAGGCAGUUUCUGUCGGACCAGCAACAGGAAGAGUUUGAUAGUGACAUCCAGCACCUCUCCUACUCUACCCCGCCCCCACUCACCACUGCACGGACUUUCAGGGAGCAGUCCAUUGGACAGUCCACGCAAUUUCUCUCCAAACACUGCUGCCCACUUCUCCUUUGUGCAGGCUCGCAGUCAUGGACACAGGGCUGACAGGACAGAUGGCCGCCGCUGGUCUCUCGCCUCUUUGCCAUCCUCUGGAUAUGGAACCAACACCCCCAGCUCAACAGUCUCGUCAUCAUGUUCAUCUCAGGAGAAGCUGCACCAGUUGCCCUUCCAGCCCACCGCAGACGAGCUGCACUUCCUCACCAAACACUUCAGCUCGGAGAGCAUCACGGAUGAGGAUGGAAGGAGAUCUCCAGCCAUGCGGCCCCGCUCCCGCAGUCUCAGCCCUGGGCGCUCACCCAUAUCUUUUGACCAUGAGAUAGUCAUGAUGAACCAUGUCUACAAGGAGCGUUUCCCUAAGGCUACUGCUCAGAUGGAGGAACGGCUGGCUGAAUUCAUAUCCUCUUCAGCCCCUGACAAAGUCAUGCCUCUAGCUGACGGCGUCCUGAGCUUCAUCCACCAUCAGGUCAUCGAACUAUCCCGUGACUGCCUGGACAAAUCCCGCGAGGGUCUCAUCACCUCCCGCUACUUCUAUGAACUACAGGAGAAUCUUGAGAAAUUGCACCAGGAUGCUCAUGAACGCUCAGAGAGUGUGGAGGUGACUUUUGUCACCCAGUUGGUGAAGAAGCUGAUGAUUGUCAUCGCCCGGCCCGCCCGGCUACUGGAGUGUCUGGAGUUUGAUCCAGAGGAGUUCUACCACCUGUUAGAGGCUGCUGAAGGUCAUGCUAAAGAGGGUCAGGGCAUCAAGUCCGACAUCCCACGAUACAUCAUCAGCCAGCUGGGCCUCACCAGGGACCCCCUUGAGGAAAUGGCCCAGCUGAGCAGUUAUGAUAGCGGUAACCCUGAAACACCAGAAACCGAGGAGUCCACAGAAAGUCGAGGAGCUGCCAUACAGCCACCCCAGCCUCAACCCAAAACUAAAACCCCUCGUGAGGAAGACUUCGAGACCAUUAAACUCAUCAGUAAUGGAGCUUAUGGGGCUGUGUUUCUGGUGAGGCAUAAGGAGACCCGUCAGCGCUUUGCCAUGAAGAAAAUCAACAAGCAGAACCUGAUCCUGAGGAACCAGAUCCAGCAGGCCUUUGUGGAAAGAGACAUCCUGACAUUUGCUGAGAACCCUUUCGUUGUCAGCAUGUUCUGUUCCUUCGAGACAAGGAGACAUCUGUGCAUGGUUAUGGAGUAUGUAGAGGGUGGGGACUGCGCCACUCUGCUAAAGCACAUUGGAGCUCUGCCUGUGGACAUGGCACGCAUGUACUUUGCUGAGACAGUUCUAGCACUGGAAUACCUUCACAACUAUGGCAUUGUGCACAGAGACCUCAAACCUGACAAUCUCCUGAUAACAUCAAUGGGACAUGUCAAACUGACAGACUUCGGCUUGUCUAAGAUUGGAUUAAUGAGCUUAACAACUAAUCUGUAUGAAGGUCACAUCGAAAAAGACGCCCGUGAAUUUCUGGACAAACAGGUGUGUGGUACUCCUGAAUACAUAGCUCCAGAGGUCAUUCUGAGGCAGGGCUAUGGUAAGCCUGUGGACUGGUGGGCAAUGGGUGUGAUCUUGUAUGAGUUUCUGGUGGGCUGUGCUCCCUUCUUUGGGGAUACACCUGAGGAACUGUUUGGACAAGUCAUCAGUGAUGAGAUAAUCUGGCCAGAGGGCGAUGAAGCUUUACCUACUGAUGCUCAAGAUCUCAUCUCCAAACUACUGAGGCAAAACCCUCUGGAGCGUCUGGGAACAGGGAGUGCGUUUGAGGUGAAACAGCACCGGUUCUUCACUGAUCUGGACUGGAAUGGUCUUCUAAGGCAGAAGGCGGAAUUUAUCCCUCAGUUAGAGUCAGAGGAUGACACUAGCUACUUUGACACACGCUCCGAUCGGUAUCAUCAUGUGGACUCUGAGGAAGAGGAUGACACAAAUGAAGAUGACCAUUUGGAGAUCCGUCAGUUCUCCUCCUGCUCGCCACGAUUCAGCAAGGUGUAUAGUAGUAUGGAACGCUUGUCCUUACAUGAAGAGAAGCGCACCCCUCCUCCCACUAAGCGCAGUCUGAGUGAAGAGGGAGGGGAGCGAAUUGACAGUCUCAGUGGCCUGAAAUCCCGAGACCGGAGCUGGCUGGUGGGCUCACCGGAGAUCCUACGGAAGCGGCUCUCUGUUUCCGAGUCCUCUCACACUGAAAGCGACUCCAGUCCGCCUCUAACAGUGCGUCGACGCUGUUGCUCAGCAAUCAUAGAAAUGCCUCGAUUCGCCAUCUCCAGUGAAGAGGAUGGGGGUGUGGCAGGCAGGAAGACCCCUAUGAGGGGCCCUCGCAUGGAAGAUCUGCCCCAGUCCAUACCAGAGCUCCCUGUAGAGAGAGAGCUGAGGCUGGAUGAAUCGCCCACCACACCAGGCUCCACAUCCAGCCACAUUAGCCAAUCCACACUCACACCGGGAAGCUUUGGUGAUGUGUUAGAUCGGGGCUCUCCUCGCUGCAGUGUUGAGGGUUCUGAAAACUCCACUCCUAAAGCUAUCAGUGACCUUGCGGCCCGCAGAGCUCGCCAUAGACUGCUGUCAGGAGACACCGAGAAACACACAUCACGCCCACUCAACAAGGUCAUCAAAUCAGCCUCUGCCACCACCCUCUCACUCAUGAUCCCUACUGAUCACCAUGGUGCCUCUCCUCUGGCCAGCCCGAUGUCCCCUCACUCUCUGUCCUCCAACCCCUCAUCACGUGACUCCUCACCCAGCCGAGACCUGUCCCCUGCCGUCUGCAACGUUAAACCCGCCAUCGUCAUCCACCGAGCCGGCAAGAAAUACGGCUUUACCCUGCGUGCCAUCAGGGUCUACAUGGGUGACACAGACAUUUAUACCAUGCACCACAUGGUCUGGCACGUGGAGGACGGGGGACCUGCCCAUGAGGCUGGACUGAGAGAGGGAGAUCUUAUCACACAUGUUAACGGAGAGCCUGUCCAUGGACUUGUGCACACAGAAGUUGUAGAACUCAUUCUCAAGAGUGGCAGUAAGGUGUCUAUCUCUGCUACACCCUUUGAGAAUACUUCCAUUAAGGUUGGCCCUGCGCGCAAAACCAGCUACAAAUCCAAAAUGGCCCGGCGCAAUAAAAGAACCAAAACCAGAGAAGGACCAGACAGUAAGAAGAGAAACUCGUUGUUCCGUAAGAUCACUAAGCAGGCGACCCUUCUCCACACCAGUCGCAGUCUCUCUUCUCUGAACCGCUCAGUUUCAUCUGGCGAGAGUGUCCCUGGGUCUCCCACGCACAUGUCCCCUCGUUCACCGACACAGGGCUGUCGUUCCACACCUGACUCUGCCCACUCAGUUGGUGGGAACUCAUCCCAGAGUAGCUCUCCCAGCUCUAGUGUUCCAAACUCUCCUGCCAGUUCUGGUCAGAUCAGGCCCAGCUCCUUGCAUGGUCUGGCCCCCAAACUGCAGCGCCAAUAUCGCUCCCCUCGCCGCAAGUCUGCAGGCAAUAUCCCCUUAUCCCCACUGGCUCGCACACCAUCCCCCACCCCUCAGAGUACUUCCCCCCAGCGCUCUCCUUCGCCUCUGCCAAGCCACACACUCAUCACUUCUUCAAUAGGCCAGUCCUUCCCUGUCAAACUCCACUCUUCGCCUCCACUAGUAAGACAGAUAUCCCGGCCAAAGAGUGCAGACCCUCCUCGCUCGCCUCUGCUCAAACGUGUCCAAUCGGCAGAGAAACUUGCUUCUUCUCUUUCUUCAUCAUCAUCUUCUCCCUCUCCCUCCUCUGCUACUGAUAAAAAGCUGCCAGUAGGUGCCAGCCGCAAACACAGUCUUGAUACCUCACAUUCAGAGUUUAAAAAGGAGAUGCUGCAGCGAGACCUUAGUCUGCAGAGCCUGCAGGAGUCUACCAGUGAGACUCUACUGGUAGGACGAGUGUCUCAUGCAGAAAAGGGCAGCCUGCAGAAGGGUUCAGUUCGCAAACUGGGCCGACAAGAUAGUUCUGAGUCUGGAACUGGAAGUCUGGGACUUGUUUCUGGGAAGAGUAAACUAAAAGACAAGCUGUCUGCCAUACGCCAGGAUCGUGCUGAACGCCGUGAGUCUCUUCAGAAGCAGGAUGCUAUCCAUGAGGUGGACUCCUCAGAGGACGAGACAGACGAAGGCUCAGAAGACAGCCAGGAUGGACGCAGGACAAGCUAUGUUCCUCCUAGCCAUAUCCUGCGGCCCAGUACUGUAAUGGCCUCCCCCCAUACCAUCAGGAGGGGACCAGCAGCUCCACCAACACUAGGCCUGGUACCCUCCACUUGCGCACCCCCAAACUCACCUGAGCCCAGCAGAGGACUGCAUGUACAAAGCCAAAUUACCACUCAAACUUCAACCACAGCACCAAUGCAAACUGCGGCCAAGGCCCCAGAACAGAAUCACACAAAACCCUUAACAUCUACUGCAACCCAGGACUCCUGUUCAACACUAGCUGGAGACUUGAGGAAGGGAGAAUCAAGGCCACAGGACUCUCAAUCCAGUGUUAGACCUUCUCCACCUCAGCCCAGCCCUCUAUCCAGCACCUUCUCAACCCACGGCAGCGCCUUUACCGCCGUUAGCAAAGACCCAUUUGUCAAACCCACCACACCUCCUUUGGAUCGGAGGACCCCCAAAACUUCUGAGCCUAAGUCCAAAACUAGUAGCACUGCUUCAGUGGUAGCUAGGGAUACCCCUGUUGCUACCACACCGACUGGAGGCAUCACCAAGGAGAUGAAGGAGGCUGACAACCGCAGGCAGGCUGCAGCUGCCGCUGCCACAGCCUCUGCAUCCACUGCCUCUGAGAGCGGAAUGGACAAAGUUGUAUCUCAACUAGCCACUGUGGCAAAGAGCGUGCUGGGCCCUGUCAAACUCAACAUCCCAGGAACUAAAGAGGCCCUGGAUCGGACAAAGGAUCAGCAUCCCGAGUCAAAUGCCACCCACCCAAAAAUAAAAGAGCAUCGUCUGGAACAUCCUGAUUCUACUGACCGUUUGUGUCAAUCUGCUGGUUCUGGCUCCCAGUCUCCGCGGUUGACUAAAUCUCCCUCUAAACAAACACCUUCCAAACUUGAGCCAGCCUCAACUUCUCAAAGGUCUGUAGAGGUUCCAGGGACCUUCAAAAGUCCUACUCCAAACUCUCAAGCUGGGGAAGAGCAACAGGACCGACCAGGGACUUUGCAAAGCAGCACCGCACCAAGGUCUAGGUCUGAAGCUCAGUCACAGGCCCAGGCAAAACCCAGUUCCACUAUGUCACAAGACAAAUCCAACAAGCCAACGUAGCAGCACUGCAGAAAAAUCUGUUUUAUCCAGCUAAUUUAGCUUGCCUAUUAACGGACAAAUACACAUUGUAACAGGGCAGUUUCAUGUCAGUAUCCUAGUGAAAAGAUUGAAGGGAAGAUAAGAGGGGGGGAAGAGAAAGAGGUGUUUACAGAUAAACCAACAGUUUCAUUUCAGAAUGUAUUAUGCUCUGCCAUUUACAAAAUAAUUGAGGCUGUGUAAUUGUUCUGAAUUUCUUGUUACUUCUUUUAAGCAUUUUUUUUCUCUGCCUCUAGAAAAUCUGGAGAAAUACAUGCCCACAUACAGUAUAUUACCUCUUCAUACUAUCUCUGUAUUAUUUUAAAGAUCUUCUCUGUUGUAGGUAUUGUUGUGUCUUAAAGCAACACUUUAAAAUUUCACUUGUAUGUCUCAGUGCUAUUCAUCUUUGGAAGAAAAUAUAUUGCAGCAAUAAGAUUAGCAUAUGCCGAGCAAUUUUUACAAACACUAAGUUAAUAUCAUUGCACCCAUAGUUUAUAAAGACAAAACAAACUGCAUUUUCCACCCCUCACUUGCACUUGUGUUGGUUUUCAGGAAAUUGGAUGUAUAAUGUGGUAGAAUGAUGGCCAUUAGUUGCAUAAAUUAUACCCUAAAGAGCAAUUAGUUUGCACAUCAUAAUUUCUAGAUCAAGUGUGUGGUUUUGUCCUUUUAUUUUCAGGGGGUUCAGCAGUUUUCAAAAUGUCAAGCAGGCCAUUGUUUUUACUUUGCUUAUUUUAUUUACAGUCAUUUUAAUAUCUGGACCAAUUUGCUGUCUCCGUUUAUUUGUUUACCUCUGUUUUUAAAAGGCAGACUUGUACCUGGAAUGUAUAUGUAUGUGUCCCUGUGUACAGAAAAGCAUGUCUGAGUGCAUGUUUACGUGGGUCCUUACAGUAUAUAAUGAAUAUUAAAAAAAGUCUGUUCUUUGUUAGUUUUAUGGCCUACGCAGUGGGAGGGUGUUUUUGAUUAGUGUCCUAUCUUUGUCAUAUCAGCUAUGUCUGAUUCAGACCUUUACGAGGCAAAGAUGUAUUUGCACAAACCAUUUUUAUUUUGUGUCAUUAAUAUGAAAACCAAUAAAUACAGUAUCCAAUUAGAUCCCAGGCUUGGUUGGGGUCUUGAGGGGUUUGACCAGUAAGUAGCCUGGGGUACCUUGUCAAAUUAUCCAGACAUAAUGAUGUGAUAACACCAUAAAGUAUUUAGAGUGUGUCAAGUGUAACCUGCUCCUGUGGAACCUACUGAGCUUAUUCGUAUUUUCAAUUUAUUUUGCAUUUACAAUCAAAUAGCAUAAUGGUCUGUACUAAGUUCACCACCAAUUUGUGAGCGUAGUUCAACACGUGCCCUUGUUACAAAAAAGACCUUGUUGCUCAGAACAAGUAAUGCUAUUUCCCACACACUCAUGUGCUACUUAUGAUCCUGCCUUUAUGGAAAAUUUCUAGUAUUAUCUGUUAGUCUAUAUGACUAAUAGUGACUGGAGUCACAUGAUGAUCGUAUGUACAGUUAUGAUAUAACCUUACUAAUGUUUUGUCCAGAUGAAAUGUGAAUGGAUGUCUUGAACAUUUACGCUUCUUUAUUGGAACCCAAAGGAAUGGAGCUGUUGAUAGCACUGUGGCCUGAAGCUUAAUUCCUAUUUAACCUAAUUAACCUGGGCAUCAUGAGCAGUGAGACAAUGCACUUGUAAAGAGAAUGGUAUUUGGUUAAAGUUGGAAAUGCAUCUGUGGACUGUCAGGUUCAAAACAAAAUUCACUCGUGUCUAAAGAAAAUCGAUCAGUCUUACAAUCAGUCGGUCUUACACCCCAGUGGCCAAGGCAUAAAUAAACAGUUUGUGUCCUUACAAAAGAAGACCAAAUCAUUAUGUCCUCAAGGGAUGACCUACUGUAAAUCACUCCAUAGGUAACAUUUUCAUACCUAGAUUUAAAGCUUAGUCCCAGAGCUACAGAGAACUUGAAAAUCUCAUUUUAAACUGCAUUUCUAGGGCUUAUAGAACCUGCCCUUAUAUGUUUACAUGUGUUAUAACUUGAGAGAUCAUCUGUAAACGGUACACUAGUGUAUUUUGUCUCAAUGCCCAGACACAUAUUGUAUCUUAGAUUAUGGUAGACCACUAGUGAUCACUUAUUUGGCUGGGCUCCAUUACAGAUUUUACAGUUAAAGGCAUAGUUUACCCAAAAAUUUAAAUUCUGUCAUCAUUUACUCACCCUCAUUUUUCUUUCUUCUGUGGAACACUAAAGGGUAUGUUAGGAAGAAUGUUAGCCUCAGUCACCCUUCACUUUAAUUGUGUCAUUGUUUCCAUACAAUGAAAGUGAAUGGUGACUGAGGUAAACUAUGACAGAAUUUAAAUCUUUUGGUGAACUCUCCCUUUAACACUCAAAACUGUCACAUACUGUGUCUGCAUUUUAUUUUACACAAUGACAAGCCUAAUAAUUUUGAAGAACGUGAAUGCAAUGAAUUCAUCUUUACUCCCUUUGCUAAAGUCAGUAGCUGCUCUGGGCUAUGAAAGUGAGUGCGAACUGCCUUUUCACAUACGUGAGGUGGAUGAUAAUGAUGCUUGGGCUAUUUGUUGAGGUGAAGUCAGGUGUAAGAACGCCUGAGGUGGUCAUCCAUCAAUGUCCCGCAACCACAUGCCACCAUGCAUGCACUGGUGAAAUGUAAUCUCACACACACCGUCUAGAGCAAAUUCACCCACCACAUCUUAGCUCUGGCAUAGCUCAGCUCUUUAUGAAAGAAACCCUUUGCAACAUACACAUUUACUUACAUCUUCCCACUAUUAAUAUACAUAUACACUCAUCAGCCACUAAGUCCAACUACUGCCCUCUCAACAUAUCUGUGUGUGUGUGUGCGUGUUAGAUCCAAAUGGCAGCACAGAUGGCUCACUUUUAUGUAGAUAUGUUAAGUCUAGUAUUCUGAGUGUUUACUAUAAAAAUAAUUGAAGUUAAAUGGUGCAGUGGCCACUGCCUUAGACAUGACACAUAGCUGGAAUGGGACAAUGUGUAUUUUAAGAGUUUACAUUCACAUAAAGUUGUGAUGGAGUCAAUGGUGAUACUAUGGAGUUGUGGAUGUAGGACACUGUUCAUGUGUCCAUCAUGCUUUGUCUUCUAAGGCUAAAGGAGAUGUGGCAUGGUUGUGCAGACACAAAUGAGUAAAAAUGGGCAAAAAUGUAAAAAAAAAAAAAAGAACUGCUAGAGUUAAACCAGUGCAAUAUCUUACAGUUUUCUAUUGUGGUAAGACGCAUGUUUGUUGUUAAUCCUUCCUUAUGAAAAAUAAAGAUUUUUUAAGGAAA